UAGCCUAUAGUGGUCGUUUUGACAGUUCGUCAGAUGCCAGUAGGGAAUUCCGAAUUUAAUCUGUGUUCCGAAUUAUGUUAUUAACUUGUUAUUAAAUAUUAACUGUGCAUUGGAAUACUCAAUUAAUAUUAUUAAUAUUAACCAUAGAUAAUAUUAGACAUAUACAUAUAUUAACAAAUAAAAGGAAAUCAUGGCUGAGUCGGCUUCUCCUCCAUUAUUUGAAAAUGUGAAUAUUUUGGAAGAAUUGAAGGAUCAUGAAACAAGUGAUUUAUUUGUUUCUGCUAUGCAGGAUCCAUCAUCUGUUAUCAUUAAGGAAGAUGAAAGAAAAAAAUCAAUGGAUAAAACAAAUGAGGAUAAUAAUGAACCCAAAGCAGAUUCAUUUGAAAAUAAACAAGAUAUGGUUACAGUUCCAAUUAAUAAUGAAAAUAACAUAGAUCAGCCAUUAGAAGAGGUUGAAGUGGAGAAUUCUGAUAAUUUCAUAGACAUCUCCAUUGUUGAUACUCAAAAAGUAGGUGAUGGUAUGGCAGCUUAUGUAUUGUAUAAAGUCAGAACCAGAACAAAUAUGCCACUAUUUAAAAAGAAGGAAGUGUAUGUAAUGAGAAGAUUUAGUGAUUUUUUAGGUUUACAUGACAAAUUAACGGAAAAAUACCUUAAAAUGGGAAGAAUAAUACCUCCUGCACCAGAAAAAAGUGUCAUUGGAAUGACCAAGAUAAAGAUGUCGAAUCAGUCAGAUGGUGCUGUUGCUGCAAAUGGUAUUGACUUUAUUGAAAGAAGGCGUGCAUCAUUAGAAAGAUAUUUAAGAAGAACAGCUCAGCAUUCUGUGCUAGUUGUUGACCCUGAUUUUAGAGAAUUUUUGGAAGCAGAUAUUGAGCUACCUAAAGCCACCAGCACAUCUGCUUUGAGCAGCGCAGGAGUGAUGAGAUUGUUUAAUAAAGUUGGGGAAACAGUAAAUAAAAUGACCUAUAAAAUGGAUGAAUCUGACCCAUGGUUUGAAAAUAAAUUAGCUCAUGUAGAAUCUCUUGAAUCUCAAUUAAGGAAACUUCAUAAUAGUGUAGAAGCUCUAGUAACAUAUCGUAAAGAAUUAGCUAAUCUAACCAAUGGAGUAGCUCGUUCAGCAGCAAUGCUAAGUGCUUGUGAAGACCACAACUCACUGUCAAGAGCACUUUCACAACUAGCAGACACUGAAGAAAAGGUCGAAUGUUUACACAUUGAACAAGCAAAUACUGACUUUUACAUAUUGUGUGAAAUGCUGAAGGAUUAUUUGGGUCUGCUGGGAGCUGUCCGAGAUGCUUUUCAUGAACGUACUAAAUUGUUUCAACACUGGCAACACUCACAGCAAAUGUUGAAUCGUAAAAGAGAGGCAAAAGCAAAGCUUGAACUCAGCAGUCGAAAUGAUAAAUUGGAUCAAGCUGGAGUAGAAGUUAUUGAGUGGGAAGCUAAAGUGGAAAGAGGUCAAGAAAAUUUCAACAGAAUAUCAAACAUAAUAAAAGCUGAAAUGGAACGGUUUGAAAAAUGCAGAAUAGAAGACUUCAGGAAUGCUUUCAUCAGUUACCUAGAAAAUCAUUUGAAUCAUCAAGCUCAACUUGUUAAAUACUGGGAAGCAUUCCUACCUGAAGCUAGAGCGAUUGCCUGACUGGAGGACAUAAACCAGGAUUAGCAGGAACGACAUUCCAACUGGAAAUUUCCCCGAUUUUGAUUAUAAUACAAAUACAACACCGUGGCUGUACUUCAUCGAUCACAAUCAUCGAUUUUCUGCCUGAUAUACACAAGUCGAUCAGUAAUAUAUACCUUAGGAUUAUUGUAUUAUUAUGUAAAAAUGUUUAUUUCAUGGAUAUAGUUAGUUGAAAACUUCUAUUAUUACUGCAUUAUAAAAGCAUACAUUACAUAAAAAUAAGGGUAUAAUUAAUAUAAUGUAGGUAAGGUGAAGUAUUAAUUUUUAAACGUUUCAAUAAAUCACUUUAUAUCUUGUGCCAAA